CAUUUUUCGUCAUAACAAAGGUGAAUAGCCUAUUACGUCUUAAUGACAGAUGCUACGGAUUUGAAAGAAGGCCAGAAAGAUGUAGCCGUGAGUGAGUACUUGUACAUUGAAGGGAGUGUGUCAUCAUGUCUAGUCGGGGUAUCAACAGUCUGCGAUUCAACCAGGAUCAUGGUUGCUUCACUUGUGCAACAGAAUCAGGCCUGCGUCUGUACAAUGUAGAGCCUCUAGCACAGAAACUACACCUUGGUGUAGAGCAUGUUGGCAGUGUUGCCACAGCAGAAAUGUUACACAGGACAAACCUCAUAGCACUGGUCGGGGGAGGAGCCUUACCCAAGUUUGCUGAAAAUGCAGUUCUGAUUUGGGAUGACAGUCAGAAGGGACCAGACAAGGUUGUCUUAGAGGUGACAUUUGCUCAGCCAGUCCUGGGUGUCAGGCUACAGAGGGAUAGGUUGAUUGUGAUACUGCGCAACCAGGUGCAUGUGUUCAGCUUUCCCAACAAUGUGGAAAAAUUGUACAGCUUUGACACCAGGGACAACCCAAAAGGUUUGUGUGCUGUGAGCCCCUAUGGACAUGUUCUGGUGUUUCCUGGAUCUAAGUGUGGCAGUCUGCAGAUUGUGGACCUGGAGACCACACAGCCUGGAAGCUCUGCCUCACCGGUCACUAUAAAUGCUCACCAGGGAGAGCUGGCCUGUGUGGCUAUAGAUCAGCGUGGGACCAAGGCUGCUACAGCCUCAAGAAAGGGUACAUUGAUUCGAGUAUUUGAUAUUGUUAAAAAAUAUCAGAUUGUGGAAUUAAGAAGAGGUGCUGACCCUGCUACCCUGUACUGCUUAAACUUUAGCCAUGACUCCUCAUUCUUGUGUGCCUCUAGUGAUAAAGGAACAGUACAUAUAUUUGCUGUCAGAGAUACUCAUCUGAAUAAAAGAUCAUCACUGAAGAAAAUGGGUUUCCUGGGCCAGUAUGUGGAGUCUCAAUGGGGUCUAGCUAGCUUCACUGUACCAGCUGAAUGUGCCUGUAUCUGUGCAUUUGGGCCUGGCCACUCCGUAAUAGCUAUAUGUGUAGAUGGUACCUUCCAUAAGUAUGUGUUCACUACUGAUGGUAACUGUAACAGAGAAGCCUUUGAUGUGUACUGGGAUGUGGGAGAUGACAGUGACUGACAAAACAGAACUCUCUGUCCAGUGGAUAGUUCGGGUGUUUCUUGUCUGAUAUGACAAGUGUGCUUCUCCAGGGUCUGUAAUUUAUAAAGUUCAGUUCAUAACAAUGUUUUUAUUGGACUCUUCUCUUACAUGUGUAACAGAAACAAGAGCUAAGGCCAUAGCUAGUUUGCAAUGAACAUGUACUUGUGGAUUCAUCCAGCAAAUACAAACAUAAAGUUUGGACAUGAAUGUGUAUAUGUAUAGUGAUGUACGAAGAUAUUUUUAUGGUUGUGCGAUCCAGGUGUUGUUUAAUGGGACUUGUACAUUUUCCCUAUUGUUAUAUUUUAAUAAAUCAUUUGGGUAUUACUUCAGUAAUGAAAUGUAUUUGAAAGAACAGUGUUAAGUUGAAAGAACAGUGUUAAGUUAGGGUUUUCAGUUAAAUUUUGGACACAUGUACAUAAUGUAUCUUCCAAAUGACUGUAUAGAGCUUGGAGGUUAUCCAAACUAAUUACAUUUAUUACCCUAUUUCUUUUAAAAUCUGGAACACCUGGUCUGCUCAUUUUAGCCAAUGGAUAUGUAAUAGUGGUAGAAAUACUGUUUCUUUUUUCUCACUUAGUUAUACUCAUACCUUUACUUUUCCAAAAGGCUGGUAAAGAAGUGUAAUUUUCUACUUUCAACACUUCUGAUAUCUGUCCCAAAUGUUAGACAAAUUAGGAUAAGCAUCUAUGUGGACAAGGUCGGCAAUUUAUGUGUAGUUACUGUUAAUAUUGACUAUACAGAUUCAUAUAGAUGUAUAUGAAUUAAUGUAAGAUUGUCUUGGUUUUGUAAGGGUCUAUGUUGUUUGGUUUGCCCGUGAUGAACUUGUUUAUCUGGCCAAUAUACUUGGCAUUUAAUGGAAAUAAUUAAAUUAUUUAAUCUUAUUAAUCAACAAGCUCCAUUAAAUGUUACCAUCUAGGUACAUGUUGGUCUACUGUUGUAAUCUUAAACCGAGAAAAGUCAUUCUUUUACAAUAAAUAUUCUUAUGUACUUCUUUGAACCUUACUCUAUCAGCAUAUUGUGUCCAAUUUAACGAUAAGAUUUAUUUCUCAUAAAUAUAUCAUAUGUACGGGCAUUAAUGUAUAGUGCAUUUGUUUCGAUGCAGUAUGUGAUGUAAAAUAAGCUUAGCAUAUCUAAAGUUACGACUUUUAUUAUGUGAACUUAUAUAUAACGUGUUAGAAAAACGGUUCAGUAUCUGUGCCCACAAAAUAUUGUAAAAAUUUUGGGUUUUUAAUAUUAGAAAACUUAAAGGUUAGAAAAUGGCAUACAUUGCCACAAAAAUAUGAUCAAAACAUUUUUAGUUGUGUGGCCUUGUGUAUGAAUUUUAGUAAACAUUUAUUGUUAAAGAGUAUGGGUGAGUUUUAUGUACAGUGUGUAAUAAAUGUUAAUAGAUUUCCUGUUAUUUUUGAGCGCAUCUGCAUGUACAUGCAUCAGUUAUUUUGUGGGUUUUAAACCAUGCAUAGAUUGAAAUAAAUGCACUUCACAGUAAGCAGCGAAUUGUUUUUUAAAAGUGGUCAUUGUUUUCAUUGUUUGGAGGUUAUGCAUACAUCUAGUCAAUUAUCCGUUUACUUGAUUGGUUGGUAGUGAAUAUAAAUAUUGACAGAUAUUUACAAGGUUAAAGUUUCUGCUAGGGGCAACAUUUCCAAAGCAUGUUAUGCCAGUUAUAUUGGUUAUAUCAUUGAUUAAAUAACAUUCAACAAUGCUUUACAGAGAAAAAAUCAUGGUGUUUAAUUCUAUCAUAGUCUCCAUUUUAAUACUUUCCUGACAAUGCUCUUUCUGGGUCAUUCAGCUGAAGAUUGUUCUAGCCACAAGCAGCCGCUGGACAAUGAGGUUGCAGGAUCGAAUCCAGCUCUUGCCAGUUUUGUUGUUGAUUUAGUCAGACGGUUCACCCUUUAACAAAGCAGUGUUGUUUACUCUUGUUUUGUCCACCCAUAAAUUUAUUUAUUUAUGAUUGGUGUUUUAUGCCUUACUCAAGAAUAUUUCACUUAUACCACGGCGGCCAGCAUUAUGGUGGGAGGAAACAGGGCAGAGCCCUGGGGAAACCCAUGACCAUCCGCAGGCUGCUGUCAGACCUUCCCACAUACGGCUGGAGAGGAAGCCAGCCUGGGCUGGACUUGAACUCACGACCGCAUUGGUGAGAGGCUCCUGGGUCAUUACGCUGCGCUAGCGCGCUAACUAACUAAAUCACGGAGGCCCCUUCCACCCA